CAGUGCUCUCUGUAAAGGCAAGAAAAUAUGCAAAGCUGGACUAUGGGGAAAUAAGUGUGCCACCAUUUUGAAAGGAAUGACUUAACACAAACAGCAGUGAAUUUACUUCUUCUAUCUCUUGCUCUCCAUUGCAAUUUAAAGAUGGGUGGCACAAGGACAGCAUAAUUACAUUUAGAACAGGCUGUGUGUAGGCCACCAGAACAUACACAGUUAGCUUAGUGAGCCAUAAAAUGACAGAUGUUGGAGGAAUUCAACAGAUUGAAGAGAUUUCUGAAGGUGAAGGUUGUAUGGAAAAUUAACCACAACAGAUAAGAGAAUGUACUAAGGAAAACAUCAUAGUCAAUGUAUCUCAGUGAGUUCAGUCUUUCAACUCUGAAACUCUGUCUGGCUUUCCAUAGCCCUGGAAUGGAUCCCCUUGAAAUUGAGCACUGUUUCAGAGAGAUAGCACGGAUCAAUUGGUUAUGGUGAUUAUUUCGAAGAUGCUCAGACACAGUUGUUUGGGUUAUCUUAAAAUCAAGUUGAAAGAAGUACCCCACAUUUCCUUCCCAAACACAGAAUACAAUUAAAAAAUGUCUCCCUUCCCUUCAAAGAAUAAUCACAGCAAUGAAUGAUGUAUUCUCUGUCAACCUGCCAAAGGCUUAGCCUACUAUUGAACCAAUAGGCCUACUUUCAAUUAGGCCAUUCAUGAUUAACCUAUUAAACCUAAAAUACAUUCUUCCAAGCAAUACAGUGUACUCAGAAUCACUAGUUCAACUCUAGCCUGACCACGCCACGAGUCUGGUUUUAACCAAACUAAUAUAAGUAUGAUCACCAACUCUCAAAUAGUACUGUGCCCUUGUACGCUUGCGCAGGCGGCACCGUCUGACGUAUGAGCCUAGCAUCUCCCGGAAGUGCUGUGAAAUGGUGGCCUACCAUUGGUUACUACUGCUACUUCAACAAAGGCACGCCUGCACUUUUUGCGAUCCUGAUUGGAUUAUGUUCCCGUCGGUCAAACUUCUUGUAGCAAAAGGGGCGGGAAGUUUGGUUGAGGGGUUGUGGGUUUUCUCUAGCGGCUGCAGUCUGGACAUUGUUAUCGCCUUUUUCGUAUAGAGUCAUUGACAUUGUGGGCGUCGGAGUAUCACAGAAUCGCUUUAGUUUGAUGCGCUAACGGUAAUGUAGCAUCUUGGUUAGCUUGCUAGCACUAGUACAGCUAGCAAGAUCAGCACUACUGGCUAAUUUGUUAGCUAGCUGAAAAGCUACACUGGCUACCCAGCUUGAUUUCUCUUUCUGUAGAGUUACUAACAUUUGUGUGCCUUACAAAAACCACUGCACUGUACGAUUGGUCUACAAAACAGUCUAGGCUAAUAUUCACGAUCAUUUUCUAUGAAUGUAACUUUAAGCGGCUUGUCAGCUUACUUUAACAUUAAGACUGGUUGAAAAUCUCUUAAUGAGCUUGUUCAGUUUCAGUGCAGUUAGCUUUUCCCCACAGCUAAGGAUGCUAGCCUAGCUAGUUAAGUGGCCUGCUAGCCAAGUUGUGCAUGGACUAUUCAUUCCAUUUAGAAGUAGCUUCUAGCUAGUCAACUUGCUUACUGGACGCUAGCCUUUGCACAUAUACUAGCGUCUGGUAUUCACGUCGGCUUUAUUUUUGACUAGUGUGUUGAUGCAAAAGUAGUCGUAACUAAAUUGAAUAAGAACCUGACAUUGAAUGGUCUAAAUUACUUUGAAGACUCAUAGGCUUGUCAUUAGUUAUCCUGCUACCCAAACAUCUAGGCCUAUCCACUUAUUUAACGAUGAAUAUAGAGCCAUUUGUUUUAUCAUUGGCAAAAGGGAUAUGUUAAGCUGGGACAUUUCAAGCAAGUACAAGGUAGCAAGAAAGAUACUCUAACUCCUACUUUUCUGUACGCUGUGUAGGCAUGAGCUACAGAUGUAAAUCUGUCACGAAAUUUGUGGCACAUAGAACUUAUCUAGCAACGAUGUAGCUCGCUACGGUAGUUCGAAACUCAAUCGGGAACGUUGCAGUCGUAACGUUAUCUAAAAAUAUCAACUCCAUAAAGAAACAAAAUAGAUGAAUGAUCAAGAAAUUAUGUCCCAAGAGAAGAUGGAACUGGACCUCGAAAUACCAUCGUCCCUUGUCCAAAGCGACGGACAUUUGAGGCGAUCCAACAGUGCUCCUAUGAUAAACGGACUAAGUGAUAGCUCACAGGUGUUUCAGAGAGAGAAUCUGCGGAGUAGGAGAAAUAGCACCACUGUUGUCAACCGCCCUAAUGUGAUUCCCUCCUCGCCCAUCCGGGUUCCUAGCACCAGACUCUAUCAGAUUAAACAGGAGGAAGGAGUUGAUGUAAUGAACAGAGAAACUGCACAUGAACGGGAAGUCCAGACAGCUAUGCAGAUGAGCCAGUCUUGGGAGGAAAGCCUGAGCCUGAGUGACAAUGACUUAGAGAAGUCCUCGUCCUCAUCGCCAAAGCGGAUUGACUUUGUGCCAGUGUCGCCUGCUCCAUCCCCUACUCGAGGGAUGCUGAAGAAGCAAUGUUUCUCCCCUUCCCUUCAAAUCCUGGUGAGCAGCAAUGGCUUGACCCCCAGCCCCAUCCCAAGCCCAACAAGGCGGCUGCAGACUGUCCGUAGAAGCCAAAGUCCCAUCAACUGCAUACGGCCCAGCAUCCUCGGUCCACUCAAGCGCAAAGGGGAGAUGGAAACGGAGAGCCCACCCAAAAGGCUCUUCCAGGGGACCACUACCAUGUUGUCCACAGAAGUGUCACAUCUGCCAGAACUGGGCUCUUGCCUGGACCUGCUCGACGGCAGCCUCAGCAGCGUGGGCUCGUCCUCCGGCUCCCCGGCCAAGAUGGAAGGUGUGUCCCCCUCCCCCAGCGGCUCGCCUUUCACGCCCCUGCAGGACCGCUCCCCCAAGUGAACCGGCAACAUCGACAGACGGCAGAGGUGGGGUGCUGCUGGACAGCAGGAGAGGUUUGAUGGACCCCCCCCCCUCCCUCCCUCCGUUCCCCCCGAACAUCGCCUCCUCAUCGCCCUGUCUCUGAGCACCAGUACUCUCGGGGUUUGUGUUUGAUUGCUCAUCCCUCCCACCCCAUAGAUCCUCACGAUGGUGGAAAUGGAGGUCUGGUCCGUGGUGGGAAACCGGUUGGGUUUUUCUGUAUAUGAAAAGAACAAAGGCAAGACCCUACCAGGGGAAGGGCUCGUGUUGGGACACAGCAGCUAGGUCUGCGUGUGUGAGAUGGCACAUGGACGCUAACCUCGCACCAGCUGCUAUAAAAUAUGGAUGUAAAAAUCGGUGCGAAGGCUUAUCCCAGAGUGUUGAGGGUCAUCCACCUCCGCAUCGCUUCAUUACAGUGAUUCCUACAUGUCCAGAAGAGGGGAUGUGGGAGGAAACAUGUAGAGAGUUCGGAUACAUGAUCUUUCUGCUAAAUUGAGUCCUCUUGGUGUGUACAUUAUUAUUAUUUUUUAUGUCUUGGAAAAAGAGUGAUUGUAAGAACCCCUGUGGCGAUUAAAAAUCCAGGUCUGUCUUUGGACAUGCACAAAUCGCCUACAUUGUGUUGCUUAAAAAGAAAAACAAAAAAGAUUUAACUUAUUUUUUUUGUUGCUACUUUUGUGUUUUGGUUUGGUUUUGUAAGUAAUGUGUAAAUAUGAUGAAUAUCUAUUAUUCUAAUUAGUUUGUUAUUAUCCACCCUGACUGAGGCCGAGCCCAGUGCUUGGCUGGCUUGGUGAAGAGACAAUUGUUCUCUGGUGGAGCUGUUUAGCACCUCAAUGCGACUGUGCUUCCAGGGGAGCCCAGAUGGGCGAGUGUUUGUGUUUUCUCCACCUAAAGCUUUGAGCAUUGAAGAACAGCUCCUCUCUUGAUAUUGAGAUGUGGGUGGGGAGCGAGACAACAGAUGUGUGUGUGUGUGUGAGGUGGGGGAGAUCCAUGUUCUCACUCUGCUUGCCUGGCACUUAAGUUUGUCCUCCCUCUAGACAACUGUAUUCCCCAGCAUAGUGAUUCGGAUGUAGUCACACACCACCAGUUGCAUUGCGCAAACCUCCAUAAAGAAUGUUGUUAAACAAUGUUGUGUAUGUAUGUAAUGUGUGUGUGUGUGUGUGUGUGUGUGUGUGUGUUUGGGGGCAAAGGGGGUACCACUAAUUUCAGGAUGACAACACUACAGAGGGCUUAGGUGUCACCAAUGGUAGUGUGACAUUCAACACUCCAGCAUAGCCAGAGUUUCAAGCUCAACAAGCAGUCAGGAAGAACAAAUCGACUGAUAACCGUAUUAAGUCCCCCCGUCCCCCAAUCCUCUCUCUCUCUCUCUCUCUCUCUCUCUCUCUCUCUCUCUCUCUCUCUCUCUCUCUCUCUCUCUCUCUCUCUCUCUCUCUCUCUCUCUCUCUCUCUCUCUCUCUCUCUCUCUCUCUCUCUCUCUCUCUCUCUCUCUCCCUCCCUCUCCUGGAAGACUUGUUUGCUGUGUACAGACUAUGUGGUGAGAUGCAGUUUCAAACACUUAUCUGAUUGCUUAAAAACAGAAUAGGAGUGUGCUGUCAACCCAAAUGGCCAUUCCUUUACUUUUUAAAAAAAAAAUGGCAGGCCACUCUGUACAACAUGAAGAGACUCAAAGAGUUUAUAUGCUACUGCUGUCAUGACAAGCACAGCUUUAAUAUUUGAUGUCGGUGCAGUUAAGAGCCGUUAACACAUUCGGGCCCAUCAGGUUCUAAUGAACAAGGUGUUGAGACUGACCUAAGCGUUCAAUUAGCCCCCCUGUGCUGACAGAGCUGUAGGUUUGCUUCUGUGGGGGGAAAUGGGGUCAUCUACUGAUUCAUGAAAAACUGUGUGCCAUUCAAGAGGCCUGUAUAUAAGGGUAUACAUAUAUAGAGAGAUAUAUGAGUUGUACAGCUGUAAUUGUGAAAGUUGUAUGAUUAUUCUUUUGGGUUGUAGUUAUUUUAGUUAUUGCCUAGUUUUUUAAAGAUGGUUUUAUAAAUCAGUCUUGUUGGACUUUGUUUUUCCUUUUCAAACAUGUUGAAGCAUGGUAUGAUGUAUCAUAAAGUCUUUAUGUGCAAGGAAGUGAUUGUAAAACCCUAUUUUACUGAAGUGAAUUCAAUUGAGUGGAUUUUUUUUCUUCUGUAACAUGCUAAACCAACAAGAGCAUUGACGCUUCAGUUUAAUGGUAAACAAAAAGGAGAAGAAAAAGAAGAAAGGGACUACAGGUCAUCAGCCUUGUUGUCGCGGUUGUUGACCGCUAUUCUUGUAAUUUCCAGUAUUUUUUUUUUCUGUUUUUUUUUGUUUUGUUUUGUCCUGUGGAGUCAUUCAUUUAUUAUUUAAUUGUCAAACAUUGAAACUGUCCUCAUGCCUCGAGCGUAACACACUGUGACUUCAAAUGUGUGCGUCUCAGCGUGUGUGUGUGUGUUUCUGGUGUCAAGUUGCAGAGUGGAAGGGGAGUUGUGAUUGGAUUUCACACUCUCUGUACUCUCAUGUCCCCAAAGGACAAAUGCUCAUCCAGGGCGUCCAACAUAGUAGCGAUGCUCACAUGGCAAAAUAAAUUAUUUGUCAACCA